AUGAGCAUGUUGCAUGAGCCUCCGAAAGGUGGAAGCGGUUCCGAGUCUGAUACAUUAAGACGUAAGGAACGUAGUCGAAGCAAGUCGCCAUUCUGGAGCUUCCGCUGGAGAAAAUCCACCAAGCCACCGAGUUUAGACCGCAGUGGCGUGAGUGAUGAUGAACGCAGCAUUUCCGAACAACGAAGUCCCACCGAUGACGAAUUCGAGGGCGUGUUGCAACGAAAGCACGAAUGGGAAAGUACAACGAAGAAGGCGUCCAAUCGGUCCUGGAAUAAGGUGUACAUGGUCGUUCGUGGACAGAGCUUGUUUGUCUAUACGGACCAGAAAUCGUACAAGGCGACGCCUGACCAACCGUACAAGGGAGAAUCUCCUCUGGACCUUAGAGGGGCGACCAUUACCGUGGCGAAUGAUUAUACUAAGAAGAAACAUGUCUUCCGAGUAAAGUCGCAAAGCGGAUCCGACUUCCUAUUCCAGGCUAAAGACGAUGCUGAAAUGAACGAAUGGGUGACCGUCUUGAACCAAGCUGCACACGGCGCAUCAGGUGCGGGCACGUCCAGGGCACACACAUUACCCGCGUCCACGCAGGCCGAGACCAAGCGGCGUAGUUUCUUCACUCUCAAGAAAAAGUGA